AUGGCUGCUAUUUGUAUUGGGCUAGAAAGUGUCCAGAGCCCAAAGGGGCUGAGUAAUUGGUGGAAAGAGCAGGGACUCACGUCUAUUUUAUGGUUCUCUGUGUCUGCAGGGCCCACAGCCUCUGGAGCCCAGCAGGAGCUGGUGGGUGCCAUCGGUGGAUCUGUGAUUUUCCCUCUGACACACUCACUAGAUCGGAUUGACAGCAUUAUCUGGUUCUUUGAAAGUGCUACUCUUAUCACCAUACAGCCAACAAUGACAAACAAACCAGACACUGUCAUAGUGACUAAAAAUCAUAACAAGGGAAGGUUAGGCUUCUCGCACGGGAACUACUCCCUGAAGCUCAGCAAACUGAGUAAGAAUGACUCAGGUGCCUACUCUGUCCAAAUACACAGCCCGUUCCUCCAGGAGCCCUUCGUCCAGGAGUAUGGGCUGCGUGUCUAUGAGCACCUAUCGAAGCCCCAAAUCAUCUUGGGUCUGAAGAGGAAUAAAAAUGGCACCUGUGUGACCAAUCUGACAUGCUUCCUGGAACGGGGAGGAGAGGAUGUGACUUACAGCUGGAAGACCCUGGGGAAGACCUCCAAUGAGUCCCAUAAUGGUUCCGUCCUCCCCAUAACCUGGACGCUGAGGGAAAAGAACAUGACCUUCAUCUGCAUGGCCAGGAACCCCGUUAGCAGCAAAUCUUCAAACCCCAUCUUUGUCCAGAAGCUCUGUGAAGGGAUUGCUGGUGACCUAGAUCCCAUCAUGCGCCUGAGGAUUUUCUUGCUGUUCAUUUUCCUUGUACUGGUGUUAAUUAUUCUAUGGAGACAAACAAGAAAAG